AUGAAGCAAGAAGGAUUCGCCAAAUCCGCUCACGUAACUUCCACUUACAUGACUUACUAAGUUCACAAACCUCUUCUACGCUAUGUCUCUUGCAAUCUCCCUGUAACCGAGAUGCGAAUGGCUGUUGAUCUGAAUUGCGAAGCAUCGGCGGGGAGCCCGCACUUCGCGGCCCACAAUAAGCACCUUCCCGACGCGAUCCCAUCCGAAUGCCCCGACGAUAGCAGCGAUGACGACGAGCUCGUUUCUCCGAUAACAAACUGCGAUACGACCGCAGGCAGCGCCGCGACAGGCGGCACAACCGGCGCCGCUAAUCUCGAGCCCUCCGACCAUGACAUCCCAGAAGCGGCGGGGCUCCUCGAGAACGACGACGACGCGUGCCCAAAGAAGCGCGCGCGCGCGUCGCGCAAGGACCCCGCCGUGCGCGUCCCCGUGGGCACCCGCGUGCGCGUGCUGUGGCCGCGCGACGGGCAGUGGCACGCGGGGCGCGUUAGCAAGUUCGACGCGAAGAAGGCGCUGCACACCGUGACGAUCGGCCGCGGGGAGUCGAAGCGCAUCGACUUGCGCAUCGUGCCGUGGAGCUUGCUGGUCGACGGAAACGCGCACCUGGGGAGCGGCCACCUGCGGAACGGACACACAGGGAACGUGCAUCUCGGGGGGGGCAUUGUGUGUCGUAACGAGGGCGGGUAUAUCAGGGACGGCGUGAGCUACUCGUCGAGUCAGCAGCAGUACAGCGGCGCGCCGUGGCAGGUACAGCAUCCGCCCGCCUACGGGGUCUCUGCGCCCGCUGCGCCACCCCCUCCCCCCCCUCAUCCCCCUCUUCGACUGGAGCUUCCCUGGCAGCCGCAAGCGCCGUGCUCCGAAGCGCCGUACUCCGCGCAUCAACCGCAGGGACAGCCCAUAGGCAGCCAUGGCCAGUGCAAUUCCGUGCACCCGAGGCAGGUAGUGCAGCAGCCGGGUUUCCAGCAGCCGCACUUGCAGUACCCGCAGCAGCAGCAGCAGCAGCAGCAGCAGCAGCAGCAACCGGCGCAGCGAUUGGCGCAGCAGCCCCCGCACACCCAGCAGCAGUACUAUCCACAGCACUACUCGCAGCAUCAGCAUUACCAAUACGUGGAGCAUCAGCAUCAGCAUCAGCAUCAGCAGCAGCAACAGCACCAGCAUUCGCAGCAGCUGAGAGCAACGGUGGGGCAAGCGGAUUACUCGAGAGUGCCCCCCGCAAGUUGCGCGGAUGCGCCUUCGCGCUCUCCCUCCGCGCUGCUUCACAUCCCCGCAUUGGCUUCCGCUCCGCCAUCCGCCCGCCCCUCGGAUUCCCCUUGCCCCUGCUGCCACCAUCGCAACCCCCGCGCUCCCCUCUCUUCGCCGCCCCUGGUUUACACCUCCCCUCCCCAAGCUCUUCCGCCUAACGUUCCGCCUCACAGCUCCCCAAUGGCCUGGGGGGUAAAUGGAGCUCCGCCCGGCGGCGCGCCUGCCGCCAUCCCUGCAGCACCUCCUGGGGGAACUCCGGAACGCGCGACGGCGGGGCGCGCAUUUGUGGCAGGCGCCGGGGCGGGAUGGGGCGCGGAGUCGUGUGCGCACCAUCACUGCGCGUGCGGGAGCAGCAUCGGCGGAUGGACCGGCGGAGUGCAUGGGUGCGCCCAUGCCCAUGCCCAUGCACAAUCUGAGGCGCACAAUUGCGCAAUGUACGAGACUCAGCAUCAUAUGUUCGGGGACGACGCACGCGGCCAUGUAUCGGAUCAGCGUGUAGCGAGUCAGGCGCAUGCGCAGGGAUACGCGGUAGAGAGGUCCCCGAUUUCACGGACCGCGCAGACCGCGGGCUUCUACCCCUCCCCCGCUGUCACGCACGCGCAAUGCCGCAGCGCCGCUCCCCGCGCGCCCCCUUCUUCCUUCUGCUGGAACCACAGCGAGCAGAACGCGGACCCCGCAGCGGCGGAGCAUCCCGCGCAAGCCACCAUGCUGCCGCCGCCGAUGGAAUCAGGCGGGCGCGAUUACAGCCGGCAGGGGUUUAUGCCCGCGAGCAGCAGCGGCAGCGGCGGCGGCGGCGCCGCGUCGGAUAGCUGCAGCGGCGAAGGGAGCGGCCGGCGCGCCGCCAUGGUGUGUCCCGCGACGAGCGACGAGAUGAAAGCCACGGUGGCGGACAUGCCCGCCGCGGUGCUGGGCGGGCAGAUGAACGGGCAGAUGGCGGAAUCAGAGGACACGGGUAGGAGGACGAGCGACGAGGUGAAGGACGGGGAGUGUGGGAAGAGGAAGCGGGAGGAGGCGUGCGGGGAAGGCGGCACGAUGGGCGACAAGAGCUAUGAGAGUGCGAACGCUGUCGCAUGCGUCGCAGGAGCGGUCGCAGCGCCGCUGUCUGCGAAGGUGGAGGCGGCGGAUUUCGACAUGGAGGCUGUGGAGCUCAUCCUAGCCGUCGCACACCAGCUGCAGGACGGCAAGGCGUCGAAGGCGACGGAGCAGGCGACUGUGCCGCAGACAGACGGACACGGGAGUGAGGAGGAGGGAGGCACGCGCGAGCAGGGAGAGGGUAGCGCGGGCAAGGGCGAGGCGGGGGGCAGUGGAGCAGCAGCAGCACAGGGCGCACCAGCUGCAGCAAAAGCAGAAGUGGCAGAAGCACUAGCAUCCGCAGCAGCAGCCGAAGAGCAGGGAGGCCCGGGAUGCUCCUCUGGCCCCUUCCCGCUGCUGCACCCCGUGGGUACUAGCGUGUGCAUGGCUCCCACUGUGGCGCAUGGCUCGCACACUCACACUCCCGUGUCGCUCUCGGCCAGCUCGGAAAGCAACUGCACGGGGCGCGAGCAAAGCAAGGCCUGUGGCUGGGGCUUUGGGGUGGCGGCGUGUGGUGGGCGCAAGGUUGGUGGGUGUGGCGGCGUGAAUCAGGGUUGGCAAAUGCAAGAUCAGAUGAGCGUGAAUCAGCCGAGGGGGACGUGCCUGCAGCAGAUGAACUGCCAAAGCGAGCAGGGCCCACUUAACCACCACCACUAUCAUCACCAUAACCAUAACCAGCACCAGCCGCAGCAGCAUCACUACUAUCAGCAGUGCAACCAGGAGCAGCAGCAGCAAGGCCAGGGCUUCCCUGUGCCACCGUGCUGCGGCAGCCAGCAGCAGCAGCAGCAGCAGCAGCAGCAGACCAGCUGCAAUGGGCACCCUGUGGCACCAGUGCCUGCUCCGCUUCUACCUGCUCACCUGUCCCCUGCCACUCCCCCUCGCCUGCUGGACGCCCGUGCACCAGGCACAGCAAUGCGCAGUCAGCUGUCGCAGUGCUCUCAUGCUGUGGUGGUGCAGCAGCAGCAGCAGCAGCAACAGCAGCAACACCAGCAGCAGCAGCAGCAGCAGCAGCAGCAGCAGCAGCAGCAACAGCAGCAGCAGCAGCAGCAGCAGCAGCAGCAGCAGCAGCAGCAGCAACAGCAGCAGCAGCAGCAACAGCAGCAGCAACAGCAGCAGCAGCAGCAACAGCAGCAGCAGCAGCAACAGCAGCAGCAGCAGCAACAGCAGCAGCAGCAGCAACAGCAGCAACACCAGCAGCAGCAACACCAGCAGCAGCAGCUGCAGGCCGUGAGUGGUGGGUGUCCAGCAGCGACAUCAUCAUCCCCAUCCAUGCGCCUGCGCCUGCCCAUGGCCCUCUUCACCAGCACCACCACACCGCCACCCAUGCCCCCAUCCCAACGCGCCCCUCUCGCCCCCACCCUCCCUCGCUCCACCUCACCAGGCACCCCGCCCAUGCCCUCCCUGCCUGCUUCUGCAGGGGUCACUGCAUCCCCUGCUGCUCUUGCUCACCUCUCGGCAGCAGCAUCUGCAGCCGCUGGCAGCAGCGCCAUGCCCGUGGCUCCUCCUCUCAGGCUCUCUGCUCCUUCCCCCCCUGCUCCCCCUGCUGCUGCUCCUCCUGCUCCUGCUCCUGCUGCUCCUGCCCCCGUCUUUUCAGCCUCCCCCCCGGUGGCUCAUCCCCUCUCAGUAUGCCAGUCCCAGCCUCCCCCUCUCUGCCUGCAGCUGCUGCCCCAGCGCUUGCGAUCCCCUCCCCUGCCACCUGCCCCGCCACAAGCAGCUUCUCCCCAACGCACUGCUCUUCUCCUCUCCCUGCCCCAGUCCCUGCACUCACAGUCACCCGGAAGGGGGAGUUCACUCAGCAGCUCCCCCUCUUCCUCCCAGCAGUCCGCGCGAGUCUCUCUACUCUCUCUGCCACCCAGCCUUUCUCUCCCCAGCCCUGCACUCACUUUUCAGCCACCUGCUGCUGCUGCUGCUGCUGCUGUGGCUGCACCCUCUGCAGUUCCUACUAGCGCCGGAACUUCUGCUGUUGUGUCUCCAACGCAUACCAGUCUGCUGCAGCUGCCGCUCCCCACUCGCCUGGAGCUCAGGCCUAUGUCGGCUCCGCUCUCCCCACAGCCCCAGUGGCUAAGCUCCCCCUCAAGCAAUCGCCUGGCAGUUUCUUGCGCAUUUCCUUUUCCAGCUUGAAAUGAGGUGUUUCUGUGGCCACCUGACGGCCCGCUAAUGCUUUUCCUAACACCUCAUGUGUGUUGGUGGGGGAUUGUGGGAUCGUCGUCGUCUUGUGUUGUGUACUACUUGUAGUGCUGUCCUCGAUGCCAUCUUCAGCUGCAGGUUAUCCCCCCGCCCCGACUGUGGCCCAAAAUAGCUACUCAUAGUUGGUACGCUUAGUAGACACUUAUGUGGUUUGAUAUAGCACCAGGUGCGAGGCUAACGAUGUAUCAGUAGGUUUGGUAGCUUUUAGGCCUAGAUGAUGUUGGAAGCUGUACGCGUAGGAGAUAAAUCUGUAGAGGUGGUGUGUUUGUAGGUAGGGCUUAUUUGUAACGACUUCUUAUGA